CUGCAGGUGCCGCUGAUGCCCGGCAGGAGUCAGUAGUACCCGGGCUUUGGAUCUGCGUCUCUCUCAGCCUGCAGAAGAAGGAGGAUCGCUGUCAUGGCGGCCAAGGUGGUGAUGCUGGCCGUCCCGACGGUGAUGGGCAUAGCCUCCAUCCGUGUGUAUACUGUAAGCGAAGCGCCCACUGAUGGACUGCUUACUCGAGAAAAGCUGAACAUCUACACCCCGCUGCCAAUGUCUGCUCAGGCCCUGUUUGUCCCAGAGACUCCCGGUGUUAUACAGAAUGGGUUAACUACAGCCAGACAGGGCAUACGACCCUUUGUCCAGGCUGUGAAGGGUGCCUGCAUCUCUGUGAAAACAAGAAGUGUAAAUCUAUACCAUAAAGGAGAGGAUGCGUACUAUUAUUUGAAAGACCCUCCCCCGGAGCUUCUUCCCAGAUUUGGCACCAUCACCAUGGCCGGCGUGCUUGGCAUGUUCUUGGCACGGAAAGGCUCUCAACUCAAGAGGGUAGCCGUUCCUCUGGGUCUGAUGACUGCCGGAGCCUCAGUGUGUUACCCCGCUCAAACUGUGGCUGUUUUUAAGAUCACGGGUAAGAAGGUAUAUUCUGCGGGUCAGUGGACCGGCGGCUCGGUGUCUUCACUGUUCGCAUCCAAGCCCCCCCCGGAGCCGGUCGCCCAGGAGAUUGCUGCUUCACAACCACAGACAACUACAGUGCCCAAUCCAGAGUCUGCAGCCCGCAGCUCUCUGAUGCCAGAGUCAGAAGUGGAGUCAGCGGAGUCGCUUCCUCUCUCUGAUGAGCCCGCUGUUGCUGUCAUCUCAGAGCAGGCGUCAUCCGUAACACUCACAGAGAUUUCCCCCGACCAGACCCCCGCAGAGACCAACCCAGAUCCAGUAGUGCAUUCAGUGGCAGCAGAGACAGAGGUCACCUCAACCUCUGAGGAAACACCUGCACCUGUUGAAAGUGAGGACGCAAAACAAGCAGCAAAGGAGGUCUCCACUGCCGAGCCCACGGCAAGUUUAGAACCGGAGACGGUGGAGGCUGCUCCUUUAGAGGCUUCUCUGGUGGAGGAUGCUCCAGUGGAAGAUGCUCCGGUGGAGGAUGCUCCAGUGGAAGAUGCUCCAGUGGAAGGUACCGCAGUGGAGGCAGCUCCAGUACAGGUUGCUGAAGUAGAAGCCGCUCCUUUGGAGGCUGCUCUUGAAGAGGCUGUUCCUGUCGAGGUUGCUCCGGUAGAAGCUGCUCCAGUAGAUGCUGCUCCAGUAGAUGCUGUUCCAGUAGAAGCUGUUCCAGUAGAAGCUGUUCCAGUAGAAGCUGUUCCAGUAGAAGCUGCUCCAGUAGAAGCUGCUCCAGUAGAAGCUGCUCCAGUAGAAGCUGCUCCAGUAGAAGCUGCUCCAGUAGCAGUACCUGAAGUAAUAACUGCUCCAGUAGAAGCUGUCGCAGCUGAAUCUGUCCGUUCUUCUGAAGAACCACCCGCUCCAAUUGCCUUAGAUGACCCAGCAGUGCCAGUUCUGGAAUCAGCUGAGCCCGAACUCGCUGCUGAACCAGAGUUGGCCAACGCAACAGAAGCUGCUGCUGUAGAGGAGACACUCACACCAACACCUCCUCAGCAUGAAGUAGAGAACAGCAAAGGGGGCUCCAGCUUCAAGCCAGACCCUUCUCUAUUGGACUUUGGCCAGUCCAGCCCGGAGGAUGACGACCUGUACUCGACACGCACCUGAGAGACAGCCGGAGAAAGCUCGAUAUCACACACUGCCAUCUCAUUCAGAUUAACAGACUCUGUAUCAUUAUGCAUUAUGUAAAUAGGCCAUUUUGCAAGCAAGCAGAGUUAGGAAGUGGUUAUCGUUUCCUUCCUUAUUUCUCUGGGCUACAUAAAUACAUACUUUAUUAUUGCCACCCAAAAUAAUGUAUAUUUCCACAGAAAGGUCAGAGUACUUGUGAUUUACAGCAGCAAAGAAGCAGUUCCUGUAUACGGAACUGAGUCGAUUUGCAUAGAAGGAGAGAAGCAUGGAAAAAAUACACCCACGUUAAGUCUAUUCAUCCACAGAUGGCAGAUUGUGUUUCUCUCAGUAUGUGUCAUUUAACAAUUAUUGGCUUUUGUGCGACAGCUUUUACAAUCACGAGUGUCACGGUGUUUUAUUUAUUGUAAUUUAGCCCACUGCAUUGGUAUGCCGGAAACACUGCACGUGUGCUGGUGAUGAUUACAGAGGGACGUUUGCUGUUCAUUUUCUUACAUCAAAAAAUGUCUUCAGUUGUUAAAAACCAAAAAUAAAUCUAUAUUUUCAUGA